AUGCUUUAAAUACAACAACUUUGUGAGGAUUCAGGUUUAUCUUGUGGAAGAGGAAUUUUCAUUGGAAUUUAUUCUGGACUUAUUUUUGCUAUUUCAAUCUAUUGUUUAAUAAAACUUUAUGGAUUUAUGGGCAGAAUUUCAUAUGAAAUGAUACCUUUGACUACUUGUGCCAUUCAAUCUUGUUUGCAUUUUAUAAAUGACAUCUUUUUAGUUACUAAUUCUUUAUAAAUUGUUAUAAUUUACUUCUGUUUACAAACUUUUAUAUUGAUAUCUCAAAGCUUUUUCCAUUUAUACUACAAAUUGACGUAUUCAAAAGAAGAGUUUUAAAGUUAUAGAUUAAAAUAAAAAUACAGCUUAAUAAUAUUUUAUAUCGUAUUCACAUCAAUCAUAAUAUUAUAUCUGAUUUAAAUAGAUGAUGAAAAUUGUUACGAUUAUUUUGAUGUUGCAUUGGCAAUCUAACUUCUGAUAAUUUUGUUUAGUGUUCUCAUAUCAAUACUUUAUGGUUAAAAAUUAAAGGAAGAAAUGAAUAAACAUGAAACAACAAAUGUGACAAAAAUAGCAAAUUAUUAAACUACAGCUGUGCAGUUAGUUUUAAGUAUAUCUGCAAUUUUAGAAUUUGUAAUGUCAAUUUUAUCGCUAACUACAUUUAAUGGAUUGUUUUGUAAUUUACCAUUAAAUAAUAUAAAUGAUGCAGGAUUUACACCAGGAGAGAAUGUUUACUUAACAUUCUUUUCAAUGAUAGAAAUGACCCCUUGUAUAUUAGUUCCUAUAAUUUUUUUUUAUUUACCUUAAAUACCUUAAUAAUAGAGUCAAUAAAAUGAGUUUAAUUUAGAUGAUACAUUUUUAUAACAUUCAACAAGAUAGUCAAUGGAUUUUAGUGGAUUAAUAAAUAUGUCUAUUGAUUAAAAAUAAUGA